AUGAGUAAUAAAAGUAAUUAUAACGAAGACCUUUUUGAAUACAUUAAAGUAAGUGAAGACGAAGAUGAUUCCAACGCAGUUGAGAUACCUUGCGAACAUGAUGGGACUAUGUUGUUGUCAACACUUGUGGCACAAUUUCCUGGCGCGUGCGGAUUAAAAUAUCGUCACCCUGAUAGUAAAGCUACUCGCGGUAUUCGUUUGAGCGAUGGUAAGCUCCAUCCGCCUAGUGAUGCCGGCUGGGGUAAACAUUUGUACAUUUGUGUAUUUCCAAAAGAAAACAAACGAAAGAUGGAAGACGUUUCACCGGAAAAUUCUGCGGCUAAAACAAAACGCUUAGAAAAAAAACUCACUUGUUCGGAUUUGAUUUGUCUUGGUUUGCCAUGGAAAACAACUGAAGAAUCUAUAAAACAAUAUUUUGAACAGUUUGGUGAAGUUGUUAUGGUUCAGUUAAAGCGUGACAAAAACGGCUCUUUUAAAGGAUUUGGAUUUAUACGAUUUGCUACUUACGCCUCACAAAUGAGAGCUCUUGCUCAAAGGCACAAUAUUGACGGGCGCUGGGUUGAUGUUCGCAUUCCAAAUUCUAAAGAAGGGGUAGUUCCACAAAUGCCGUGUAAAGUGUUUGUAGGCAGAUGUACAGAAGAUAUGACGGCAGAUGAUUUGAGGGAUUAUUUCUCCCGAUUUGGUGAAGUAACAGACGUAUUUGUACCAAGACCAUUCAGAGCAUUUGGUUUUGUAACCUUCCUGGAUCCUGAAGUAGCUCAAAGCCUGUGUGGAGAGGAUCAUGUUAUCAAAGGUGCAUCAGUUUCAGUAUCAAGUGCCGCACCAAAAAUUAAAAGUAAAUCCAAUCCUAACUGGAAAGAUGACUCCUAUGGACCAAGUAACUGGGAAGGAGGUCGAUCUGGGUCUUCGGGUUCGGGCGGUAGUGGAAGUAACAAUAAUAUUGAUACAUUAAACAUGCAGAACUUAGGUAUCAAUCCAAAUGGUGGACCACCAGCUAAUUUCAAUUUGCCAAUAAGUCUUGUUGCCGCAGCACUUAAUCAGGCUGGUUGGGGUGGAUUCUUAGGAGGACCGGGAAAUUCAAAUAAUUGGCAAGGACCACCGCAAGGUAAUUCAGGCAAAGGUUGGAACAAUAAUCAAAAUUGGGGUCAAAAUGGUCCACCAGCCUGGAGCCAGGGCAGUAAUCCUGGUUGGUCUGGAAGUAAGAGCGGGAACUGGAAUCAAGGAAAUUGGCCUAAUGGACAAAAUUGGGGAGGUAAUGGUGGAGGUGGCUCAGCUCCCUCGGGAUCUAGCAGCGGGUGGAAUAAUAACAACAAGACCCAGACAUGA